AUGAGUGUGAAAGUAUUAGAACCACAUCAAUUGACUAUGACCUUAAACGCUGAACCUAUUGAUGGUCAACAUAAAUUAAAUACUUCUUGGACGUUAUGGUAUGACCAACCUUCAAAUGAAAGUAUUCCCUAUGGGUCAAACACAAAAGAGGUUUAUUGUUUUGGUACUGUUGAAAAUUUUUGGAGAAUGUACAACAAUAUCAUCAAAGCCUCUGAUUUAGUUUGUAUGAGUAGUUAUUAUCUAUUUAGAAAAGGUAUUGAACCAAAAUGGGAAGAUGCACAAAAUAAAAAUGGAGGUAGAUGGAUUCAUUAUUGUAGUAAAACUAUGAAGAAUGAAGGAAUUGAGGAAAAGUGGUUAAACACUAUUUUAGCGUGCAUUGGAGAAGAUUUUCCUUCAAGUGAGUUAGUCAAAGGGUGUGUUUUUAAUUGUAAAAAAAAUCAAAUAAGAAUUUCUUUAUGGUUAGGGGAGCAUGAUGAUUCUAAAGCUGUGAAAUUGAUUGGAAGUAAGUUUAAAUCAAUUCUUGAUCUUGAUCAGGAAAAAAUAGUCUUCCAUAUUCACCAAGAUUCUGUUGAUGGACGUUUCUUUAAUGUUAUCAGUUUAUAA